ACCUCCCCGUUUCUUCUCCCUGUUUCGCUUGGUCACUAGCCUGCUGUUACAUUCUCUGGUGGCAGCUGCAGAGUCGCGGGUCAAUAAGGUUUGGGCAUCACUGUGCCUUCCUCAGGGUGAUAGGUAGCUGUAGACUAAACAUUAAAAAAGAGCUUGAAGUCUGAACAUGAAGUUCACCUUUUUUGCUUCUUAUUUUUGGAUCUAUUUAACGAUAAUAAAAGCGCUUAUAAAAUUAUAAUGUCACUGUUUCAAAAGUAGUCGAUGAUAAAAUUGCAUUGUCAUACUCAGUUGCUUCUUUCUAGGCAGUGUUCCAAGCCCCGUAGGAAAACGAGAGUCGUUUUCUUACGAUCACAGUAGCAAAUUCAACAGUUUUGCAUAAUGCUCUGUGAAUGCCAGAGGAGGACAUGCAAAAGGCAUCGGGACGAGGGACAGUCAGAGGUCACCCAUCCAACCAGCGGUAGGAACAGACUCACACUUUGAAGAGCAAGAAAUACACUGAAAGGAAGCUGUCGGAUCACCGAGUGCUGAAGGGAACAUGGAGCUCAGCAUGACUCUCUUCCUCCUCUCAGGCUUGUACACACUCCUCUCCUCCUCUCCUCCACUCCUCCUCUCCUCCUCUCACGAGUAUCAGUUUGUGAACAUAUCAAAGACCUGGGCUGAAGCUCAGAGUUACUGCAGAGAGAAGUACAUCGACCUGGCCACCAUAGACAACACAGAGGACGUGGCCAGACUGAGUAAAAUUUUCAAUGGUUUCAGUGGUAUCAAGGACAGAGUCUGGAUUGGGCUUUAUGACAACAUUAAGAGCUGGAAGUGGUCUCUAAACAACAGUGAUUACUACAAUGACGGUGCUGAGUAUGGUAACUGGAAUGUAAAGGAACCAAACAAUCUUGGUUCCAGUCAGUACUGUGUUGCGAUCGAACAAAACGGACUUUGGAAUGACAGAGCUUGUGCAUUGGAAUUGUAUCCCGUCUGCUAUGAUGCUAACGCUACCAACAGGUACAUCCUGGGAGAACGUGGUAUGAACUGGACUGUGGCUCAGAGUUACUGCAGACAGUACCACACAGACCUGGCUACGGUGAGGAACCAAACAGAGAACUGGAUGAUCCAGGACAUGAUUUCAACUUCGCAGGUGUGGUUCGGCCUCUCCAGAGUGCCGUGGCGUUGGUCCGACCGGAGUAACUCUUCCUUCAGACUCUGGGGUCGAGAUCAGCCAAAUAAUUAUCUGUCGAUUCAGCAAUGUGUUGUCAUGUCUGAAAAGACAGGCUUGUGGGAUGAUGUGUACUGCGGUGAUGAACACCCUUUCCUCUGUCACAGAGGUGAGUAUAUAGAGCACUGUGGUGAUGAACACUAUUUAAUUGUAGUGCCCAGAGAAGUAGAGGAUUCUGCUGUCUCUUGA